UCAGCUGCUUCUGAAGUCCUGCGGGGCUCUUCAGCAAACUUUUCCGUUCUCUUCAGUUUCGCGGUGAGCCAGGUGGUUCGGUGGCUACGCUGCGUUUUGUUUUGGUAUUUUAUUGCGUCACGGCGCUCCUCCAGCAGCAGGUAUUGUCACCAUGUCCUUAUCGGAUCAGCAGUGGUGUCCCACAAGCGUCCAGGUAACGGUACUCCAAGCCAGAGGCCUCAGGAUAAAGGGGAAAAGCGGCACCAAUGACGCGUACGCUGUCAUGCAAGUUGGCAAGGAGAAGUACCAGACGUCGGUGGUGGAGAAAAGCGUGGCUCCGGUAUGGAAAGAGGAGGCCUCCUUCGACCUGCCGCCGCUGCUGCUUCAGGGAGGAGGAGGGAAGGAGCGCGGCUCGCUGCACGUCCAAGUCCUGCACAGGGCUCUGGUGGGACCUGACAAGCUGCUGGGACAGGCUGUCAUCAACCUGCUGCAGCUUAGUGAGGACAAAACCCGCAACAAGACAGAAUGGUUUAAAUUGCUGGAUAAAACCGGUAAGACAGACAAAGACCGUGGGGAGGUGCUUCUGGACAUCAAAUUCAUGAGAAACAACAUGACUGCCAGCAUGUUCGACCUCUCUGCUGCAGGGAAAUCCCGUUCCCGCCUGGGAAAGUUAAAGGAUAAAGUCCGUGGAAAGAAAAAGGAGCUGGACUCUUCAUCAGGUGUGGUGCCUUCAAUUACUCAGGUUCUGACAGACAGCGAGGAAGAGGAUGCCAGCGGAGGUGGUGAGGGAGGAGCAAGCAAGGACGGAAAAUCUAAGCAACACAAGAGGAUGUCUUUGUUUUCUCCUAAAUCCAACCUGCAGAGGAACAUGUCCCAGUCCAUGUCCGUCCUGCCUGCAAAGAACUCCUCAUUGAGCGGCAGCCAAUCAUCUGGGUUGAAUGUGGACUCCUCUGAGGGGAAAAAGAAGUUUAAGUUCAAGAUACAUAAACAUUCCAGUAGCUCUGACAGCAAAGAUUCAUCCUCAGGUCAACAAAAACAAGAGCCGAGCAGUUUGUGUAUCAACGGCAGCCAUGUUUACUGCGAGGAGCCGCCGCCUCGAACUUCACGCACCGGAUCCAGCUUCAGCCUGUCAAGUUCAGGACGUGAAUCCAUGGAUGAUGUCCCGGAUAACUCUUCUCCAUCUGUGAAUUCACUUAAAGCCGUGAAGGAGCAUUCAUCCUGGAUGGAGGAAGAGGAGGAGGAGGAAGAUGAAAAUAUUGAGGAUUUAAGAAAAGAGGAAGAAGAAAAGGCCAAAUUGGAGAAGGAUAUAAGAAGAGAAGAGAAAGAGGACGCUAUUGGGAAACAACAAGGGAAGCUGGAAAGGUUGGCUGAAGAAAGGUUGAGACGAGACGAAGAAGAAAAGGUCAGGAAACAAGAGGAAGAGCAUCAAAGAUGGGAAGAAAGAAGGAGACUAGAGGAACAAGAACGGAGGAAACUUGAGGAAGAAAAGAGGUGCAGAGAGGAAGAGGAAAGAAUCAAGAAAGCAGAGGAGAGGGCCCAAGAGAGGAGGCAAGAAGAAGAGCGUAAAUUAGCUGUAGAAAAGAGCAGACUGAAGGAGGAAGAAGAAAGGAAGAUUGAAGAAGAGAAAGUCAGAAGGGAACAAGAGAGAGCUGAAGAGCAGAGGAAAAAGGAGCAAGCCGAAAAGAGGCAGAGGGAGGAAGAGAUGAGAAUAGAGGAAGAAAAGAAGGCUAGUAGAGAAAAGGAGCAUGCGAGGCGAGAGGAAGAGAAAAGGAUUGAGGCCGAAGAGAAAUUCAGGAAAGCGGAAGAGGAGAGAAUUAAGAUGGAAGAAGAGAGAAAAAGGAAAGAACAUGAGGAAAAGUUAGCAAAGAGGAAAGAACUGGAGGAAAAGGAAAUGAGGAAAGAGCAAGAAAAAAUGCAAAGGGAGGAAGAGGAGAGAAAGAAAAAAGUGGAAGAGGAGAGAAGAAAGGUUGAAGAAGAUCGAGCUAGAAGGGAGAACGAGGAAAGGAUCCAGAUAGAGAAAAUUAGAAGAGAGGAGGAAGAGAAGAAGAAAACAGAGGAAGAGGAGAGGAAAAGAAAGCAAGAGGAACUGGAGAGGUUAGCUAAGGAAAAGCUGAAACAGGAGGAGGAGAGAAGAAAGGUUGAAGAAGAGCGAGCUAGGAGGGAGGAGGACAAGAUCCAGAAAGAGAAAAUAAGAGAGGAGGAAGAGAGGAAGAAAAAAGAAGAGAGCAAAAUAAGGCAAGAUGAACUGGAGAGGUUAGCUAGGGAAAAGCUGAGACAAGAGGAAGAGGAGAGAAGAAAGAAUGAGGAGCAAGCUAGAAGGGAAGAGGAUAGGAUUCAGGAAGAGAAAAUAAGAGAGGAAGAGAAGGCUAAGAAAAAGAUGGAAGAGGAAAUGAGAGAAGAAAAAAGAAAAGAGGAAGAAGAGAGAAUAAAGAAUGAGGAGCAAAAAACAUUUAAAAAGGAGGAAGAAAAAGGAAAAAGAGAAGAAAAAGAGAGAAUUGAGGAGAAAUGGAGAGCAGAGGAACGGGAGAAACAGAGGACUGAGGAGGAGAAAGUUAGAAGGCAGGAAGAGGAGAGGAUAAAGAGGGAGGAGAAGGCAGAGAAAGAAAGGAGGGAAGAUGAAGAAAGGAAGCAGGAGAGGUUGACUAAAGAAAAGAAAGAAAACAAAAUAAAGGAAGAACAAACAAUUGUUGGAACAAAACUUAGACUGAGAGUUCCUACUGAAUGCACUUCCACUAAUCCAUUUGAUGAAAGCUUUUCUCCUGAGGAAACUCACACUCCUUCUAAAGCAACAACUGAUGAUCAGAGAAAUCCAUCAGCUGUGUCAUCAGAAGAACGUGGGGCCGUUUUCACCAAUGACAGGGACCCGAUUAACGCUCAGCGGGAUAAAAGAGUGGCUCCUAAGCCUCCGGGAAGGAAUCAGCCAGAGGUACAGAAAGAGGAGGAGACGUCUGUGCAACAUCUGUUACAAAUUAACAAGCAGAUUAAAGACAAAAAUGUCAAAACUGUUAGUGUUGCUCCCCAGCACUCUUUGACGAUCGCUCCACUGAACAGGUCUUCCAAAGAUUUAAAGAACAAUGAGAGCGUGAUGGAAAAUGAUUCCACCAAAGAGUCGACAACCAAACACAACAAACGUCCUGCUCCAGCCAUACCGUGCACUGCAGAAGAUGAGCUUCACAGAGAUGUGUUAGAGAUGAAAGAAGACAGAGCUUCUUAUAGUUUAAAUCCAUUUGAAGAUGACGAUGAAAAUAAAAAUGACCUCACAGUUCACAAUGAUGAAACAAACUCCGGUAAAACUGACCCAGUAAGUUGGCCUGCUGUCAAAUCACAAACUGCUGAAAAAGAUGCUACUAAAAUCAAAUCCUCAAAGAUGGCUCGUGCCCCCCUACCUCCUGCUCAAAAUGACACCCCCUCGAGCUCCAUGAUCAGUCAAAACCAUGAAGAAAGCAAAGUUUCCGAUGAUAUCAGAGUAGCUGCUCCAAACAAGGCAUGCAACCCACAAGAGGUCAAAAGUCAUGUGCAGUUCCAAGAGAGUCCAAACAAGGAGUCCAAGCAGAUUGUGACUGUGGCAGGUGUAAAGGAGGGGGGACCUCCUGCAGGUUCACGCAGACUUCAGCCUGUAAAACCCCUUAAUCCUCUGGAGCAGCAGUCUGACUCAGUCAAGGUUGGAAAUGAUAACAAAGCGACAGGAUUCCACUGCAAUGGAGUUCAGCACAAAACAAACCCUGGCACCGAGAGAACAGGACCGUACUCCCAGCUGACUCGUGAGGAACUGAUCGCUCUGUUGUUGAAACAGGAGCACCAGCUCUCCGAGAGAGAUAAAAAAAUAUCAGAGCUGGAGCGAUACAUUGACAACUUACUGGUGCGGGUCAUUGAAGAGAAGCCGAGUAUCCUCAUGUCCAUGAGCUCUUUAAAGAAGGCUGCCUAAGUGGAUUUAGAGUUGACACUUUUAAUCAGAUCCCUGUGCUCUGACUUUAUUCACUUCUACAUAAAAAACAUGGCUUCCAAAGAUAUGUUGAGCUCAUCACUGAAUACUGGAUCUUUUGAUCAACAGUCUGUGGAGCAAGAUAGACCGCAGGGUUGAUUUAUCUACAAGACAUCAAAGGGCACAGAUGAAAUUAUAACUAUAAAGACUGUUUCAGUUAAACCUUUUUAUGUUGACUCUUUCAGUCAUGUCUGUAAAAAUGAAGUUACACAUUUCUAUGUGAUUCUCUGAAAGGGCAUUUAUAUACAUCCAUUGCUUUCAUUUAGAUAAUUAAGUUCAACCUGAACAGAGUUGUUGUAUUGCCUUGUUAAAUCAAAACACUUGUUUCCUGCCUAGUCAAAAAGAGCUUUACUUUUAGCACACUGCUGGAAUUCGUUAUGUCCUCAUUUUCGCUGUUAUUUUUGUUAUUUACCGAUUUGUACAAAAAAACAUAAAGAGCACUUUAUCUUUCACUAAAUGAAUGGUAAACACUGAAAAAUAUACUGUCUUUGGGAUUGUCUGAGCUGUUUUUGUAUAUUUGCAAAAUAAAAUAAAAUAAAAUAUAUAGUCAGUCA